CGGGGCUCUACCUCCUGGGGUGCGAACCUCUGCACUGUCCGGGCCCUGCUUCGGCGAUUCGGGUUUGUGCCCGUCCCGCUGCUCUGCGGCCUGCUCUUUCCUGUUUUCUCUAACUCUCCAGUAGUUACUAUUUAUCUUCUGGCCACGCGUAUGAAAAUGUCGCCAUGAAUCCUGCUCUCCGUUGUCCAGCGCACCUGAACGCCAUGCUCCUGGCCUCCAGCCGCCGCCUGUACUGUGCUCCCCCCACUCUGCCCACGGCCUAUGCCGCUGAGCUCCCAGGGUUCCCCAGCAGAUAUGGAUCCCGGAUCAGCCAACACAAACAAGAACCAGAACCGCUCCGGCUCUGCGGGUCCUUCCGGGGAGUCUAAGCCGAAGAGUGAACAGAAGAAUGGAAGUGGCUCCAAGCAACGAUAUAAUCGGAAACGAGAAAAUUCUUACCCUAAAAAUGAGACACUUGCUGGUCAGACCCGCCGCUCCUGUCCACAGAAAAGCAAAACUUUUAACAAGGUUCCACCACAAAGAGGUGGAAAUAAGCAGUAUGGAAUGGGAAGGAGGGAAGAGGUAGCAGAGACUCAGAGAGCAGAGUUUAGUUCAGCUGAAUAUUCAGGGCCGAAGAAGAUCAACCUUAACCAUCUUCUAAACUUUACCUUUGAGUCACGUGGACAUCCUGGUGGACCUCACAGUGCAAAUGGACAUUUUGGCAGAAGACAUAAGUGGGCAAACAAACCAUUUAAUAAGGAACUAUUUCUGCAGGCUAACUGCCAGUUUGUGGUGUCUGAUGUUAAUGAUUAUAGUGUCCACUUCACUGAUCCAGAUACUCUUGUUAGCUGGGACUUUGUGGAACAAGUGCGCAUUUUUAGCCAUGAGGUGGCAUCAUGUCCAAUUUGCCUAUACCCUCCCGUUGCUGCAAAGAUUACGCGCUGUGGGCAUAUUUUCUGCUGGCCUUGCAUCUUGCAUUACUUGUCGCUUAGCGAAAAGGACUGGAGUAGAUGUCCAAUUUGUUACAGCUCCAUUAUAAAAAAAGACCUAAAAAGUGUUGUCGCCACAGAAACCCAUCUUUAUUCAGUGGGUGAUAAAAUCACAAUGCAGUUGAUGAGGAGGGAGAAGGGAGUCUUGGUGGCCAUGCCAAAAUCUAAGUGGAUGAAGCUUGAUGAACCUAUUCAUAUGGGAGAUCUGGAUCAUAUCCAGUACUCUAAGCUACUUCUGGCCUCUUGGGAACAAAUCCUGAACUACGUAAUUGCUGAGGAGAAGUUUGCCCUGUUUGAGCAGUAUAAUGCUGAAAAAGAAACCCCCGAGGCCUGCUUUAUAGAGGCGGCUAUUCAAGAGCUGCAGGAUCGUGCAGAAAGUCUGUGUACUGCCAGCAAGCCUGAAAUUGAGGCAGCUACACUUUCAAUGAAGACUUUGAAUUUUGAGGCUACUUGUGAUAAACCGAAUACAGUCAUGGAGAAAGAGGUUGUACACUAUAUCUCUGCAUUUGAGGAGGAAACUAUGGAACCACCAUGUGAAGAUUGUUCUCCUACAGAAUCCCCUCCUCCAGAUAUCCCAGCUGUCUUGGAGACAGAAGAGAACACAGUAACUGAUGGAGUCCUCCCUUUACUCAGUCAACCGGAAUCAAAGCCUAAAAACGAUGAGCCACUUGCAAACUCUCACUAUUACUAUUUUUACCAAGCCGUGGAUGGACAGCAUGUGUACCUUCAUCCAGUCAAUGUACGUUGCCUUGUUCAUGAAUAUGGCAGCCUUGAGCGGUGUCCAGAGAAAAUCACUGCCACUGUUGUAGAGAUGGAUGGGUUUACCAUGACUGAGGAGGUGCGUCGACGCCAUCGUUACCUAUGUCAUUUGCCUCUUACUUGUGAGUUCAGCAUCUGUGAAAUUGCCCUGGGGCCACCUGAUGUUUCAGUGAAAACCUUAGAGCUUUUUACAGAGGAAGUUGAGAAGAGAAAACGUCUGCGCCAGCGGAAGGCACGAGAUGAGCAGCGCAGAGAAAAAAGGAUCGAGAUUGAGGAAAACCGGAAGCAGGGGAAGUACCCAGAAGCGUACAUUGCAUUAGAAAAUUUUCAGCAGUUCCCUGCUUUUAGCUCCAGUCCAGUCUACUCUCUCUCCAGUGUGGAAACGCAAAACUUUGUGUCCAUAUCUCCUGUGAGCUGCAGCCCAACAUCGCAGUCUGGUUCCCUUCUUGGGGCAGAAUGUUCCUUGGAUCCUUCAUUCACUGAGGAUGAAUCCCGUUGUCCAUCAUUUGCUCAGAUGCUGAGAGCUGGUAAAGCAAAGCCAGAGACCUGGCCCAAAGCUGCCCAUAAGAAUGUGGCAGAAAAUACUUUGACUCCAGCAACAGCUGACAGUGAUGGCGAGAGUGAUUGCUCUGAGCGAGUUCCUGUCCCAAGUUUUCAGAACUCUUUCAGCCAAGCUAUGGAAGCAGCUUUCUUGAAGCUGGAUACAGCCCUCCCUACUCCUCCUUCCUCAGUUGAGAAAGGUGGGAGAAGAAAGAAGAAGCAACAAAAGCUUUUAUUUAGCACCUCAAUUGUCCAUACUAAGUGAGCAGUGCACUCAUCAAUUUCUCCUCCGACAUGUUCACAGAUUUGAAUAACUUGAUCUGCAGUAUUUAUGGCUAAACAUAUAUCAGUUCUGAGCGGAUUGCUCUUGUAUGUUGCACCAAUUGGGGACAGUUUGCUUUUGUAGGGUGAGAUCUUAACUAAAGCAGUGGAUAAGUGAUUAGUAUGAAGUAGCCGAACUGUUUAUAAUGUGGCUAAAUACCUCCGCAUUAUAAAUUCUAACAACUGAACCAGUGGAACAUCCGAGUUUUAGGUCACUUGCAUAUGGUGGACAAGAAUGAAGUUCUACUAAUUAAACUAAAGCUUCUGUUGGUAGCAGAGUUCCCCAGGUCCACUCAUCAAGGCAGACAAUGCUUUCAAUAUUACCACAGUUGACACUUUAUAAUUUGUAAAUUACCACUGGAGAUUAUUUAGCUAUGGUGUUUGUUGCUGUUGAAAACUGGAUUUGGGAAUUUGUUUAAGGACUUUAAAGCUGAGCUUCACAAUGCUCUGCUUGUGGCUUUUUCAUGUGACAAGAAUGUACCCCACACUGAUUCUGUAGUGGAAACAAUAAAAUUUAGAGUAACACUUAUUUUCUUGCAA